CACCAUGGUUACAGUGUGUGUCAACAUGUGUAGUUACUAGGGUGGAGGAAAUAAAAGACCACCAAGCUCCACCCCAAAGCCAGUCAGCGCCGGGCGACAUCAAGCAAGAGAAAGACAAGGACAAUGCAGGCGAUACUCCUAGUGACUGUCUUCUCCUGUAUUCUUGCGGCUGCUGCAGCUGCAGACGCCGGAGCCGUUGGUGGGGCUUGUCUUACAGGUUCUACAUGUACUGACACAACAAAUUCAGUGUGCGAAUCAAGUGUUUGCAAGACCAAAGCUGAAGCGGCCUGUACUGCUGGUUCCGCUGUCUGUGUUUCACACUCGACCUGCUCCAGCAGCAAGUGCACGUGUGAUACCGGCUACACUGCACAAACUGGCUUGUGUACAACAACCGGAGCCGCCGGUGAAGCCUGCAAAGCAGAUGGAAGCUGCGCUGACUCCACGUUAGUCUGCGAAUCAUCGAUCUGCAAAAUCAAAGCUGGACAGACCUGUACUUCUGGCUCCACUAACUGUGUUUCACAGUCGACAUGCGUCACCGGCACCCUGAAGUGCACGUGUGGUACCGGGUACACUGCACUUACCUCUGGCUUGUGUACAAGCGGAGCCGCUGGUGAAUCUUGCAAAGCAGAUGGAAGCUGCGCUGACUCCACUGUCGUCUGCGAAUCAUCGGUGUGCAAAAUCAAAGCUGGACAGACCUGUCCUUCUGCUUCCACUAACUGUGUUUCACAGUCGACAUGCGUCACCGGCACCCUGAAGUGCACGUGUGGUACCGGGUACACUGCACUUACCACUGGCUUGUGUAGCGGAGUUGCUCCCCAGUCUGUGUCCUCCUGGCUCCUCACCGGCAGCAUCAUCACAUUUUUGGUGACCUUCAGUCUUCCAUGACACCCUUUGACCUUCCACUUCAACCCACAAACCGGAAAUGGACUUUGCUCACUCGUCCUCUACGACUGUAGUCUUUCCACAUUUUCACCAACAUAGGAAAUGGUCGGAAAAUUGGAAACUUCAAGCAAAGAAUGUAAAACUUUUAAAAAGUACUCUCAAUUUUAUUUUAAGGAAGAGAAGAAAAAGAAGAAAAAGAAGAAAAAGAAAUAUUUAUGAAUAAAGAGAUAUUAUACAGGAGAAGCCAAAUAAUUGGGAAGUAGUUUACCAGCUCAUAGACAGGUACUGUGAGGUAACAAACCCAGUAUGACCUUUUGUUUCAUAGUAUUAAACUGCUGACGAAUUGUGUAAAAUUGAUUCUAUCAUCUGAAGUAAAAACUUUCAUUUUGACCUGGUAAUAUAAAACAUUGGGAAUGUUGAAGUACACAGCCGAAGAGCUUCUAUUUUUUGUGUGCACAUUGUUACUUUUCUUUUGAAUAUCAACAGGUUUGCUGUGAAUUCCUUAAAGAAAAAAUCUUUAAUAAAGGCUCUACGUGAUGUGCAUUUUCCUUUCACACUUUUGUCUUUUAUUCUCUCCUCUCUCAGACCCUUUUCUUCUCCUUUGUCUCUUCUCUCUCUCUCUCUCCUGCAUCUUCACUGUAUGAACCAGACGUUAUCGUCUGGCGAAAGUAAUGGGCCUCCAUUGAAAAGAAUUUACUUAUUACCUAUAGUUUCAAUUUUUUUCAGUAGAAACUUUCUUUUUCACACAUUUUAGUAAUUCAUUCUUCGUUUUUUAUUAUUUAGACCCUCAAUUGAUGAUAAUUACAGUGCGAUGUAUGUACUCUAACGGCGCCUUUUUUGGACUUAGCGAAUGUACCAAUUACACUCCGUCCUGUUUUAUUAUUAAAUAUUGUUUUACAUGGACAAGUA